UACUAGCACUGACGCCUUUGUCAGGAUACCAACAUCGGGCGAGAGAAACAAGGACCACGCUAUCAGGGUUCCUUGCUAACCUCAGACUCCGCAGCGCGUUGUCUGAAAGAGGACCACAAACCCAACACUCGCCUCCCCUUGAGGUCCGUUUGGAGGGCCUGCCUUCAUCUCCAGCUCAGGCAAAGGAGCUGAAUGACUGCUGUCCUCCAGGGCUCUUCCCAAAGGUUGGUGGUGGCCAAGUGCUGAGAGACAUUCGCUCUCAUGGCAUCCAACAGCAUCUUUGACUCCUUCUCCAACUACAGCAGCAGUCUGCUCAGAGAGCCGCCCACCACCAGACGGUUCACGCCGCCCUCCGCGUCCUUCACCUGUAGUAAACUCGUAGACGGCAACGGGGCCAUGGCCACCCCGGGCCCGCUCAGGGCGAGACCCGACACCAGGAAUGUGGUGGACGUCCUGGCGGACCACGCCGGCGAGCUGGUCCGCACCGACAGCCCCAAUUUCCUCUGCUCGGUCCUACCCUCUCACUGGAGGUGCAACAAGACCCUGCCCGUCGCUUUUAAGGUUGUGGCCCUCGGUGAUGUCCCUGACGGUACUUUGGUCACCGUCAUGGCCGGGAACGACGAGAACUACUCGGCCGAGCUGAGGAACGCGUCUGCCGUGAUGAAGAACCAAGUGGCCCGCUUCAACGACCUGCGCUUCGUUGGGAGGAGCGGACGAGGAAAAAGCUUCACUCUGACCAUCACUGUUUUCACCGGACCGCCUCAAGUGGCCACUUACCACCGUGCCAUCAAGGUCACCGUGGAUGGGCCGCGUGAACCACGCAGGCACAGAGUGAAAAUGGAAGACUCUCAAAAGCAGUUUUCGGACAGGCUGUCAGAAAUAGAGCGCUACCAGCGAACCAUGCGAAUCGGUCCGGUGAACAAUAAUCCUCGGCCCCUUCCUCAAAGCCACCUCAGCACCACACCAGCCCUGUGGCAAGAUCAGAUGGACACCCCUUCUCUGAAGACAUGCAAGGUGGAGGAGGAUCUCAGACCGUGGCCCGGGACAACUGAUCUAUUCCAGCAGAGGACCACUUUCCCGUCUCCACUGACUGACCCGCGCUUCUCAGACCCCCGCAUCCAUUACCCAGGGGCCUUCCCUUACUCCACCAACACUUCCAGCACUGGCAUCAGCGGCCUGAGCAUGUCUGCUCCAUCUCGAUACCACACCUACCUGCCGCCUCCUUACUCAAACAACCAGAGCCAGAACUUCCAAUCCAACUCCUACUUAUAUUACGGCACAGGAUCUGGGUCCUAUCAGUUCUCCAUGGUGGCAAACGCCGGGGGCGAGCGCUCCCCCACUCGUCUCCUCUCCUGCUCGGGGGCCUCGGGCACCGGCGGCGCCAACAGCCUCAUGAAUCCGGGCCUGAACACCCAAAGCGACGGCGUAGAGGCUGAUGGCAGCCACAGCAACUCCCCCACGGCCAUGAGUGCCUCGGGCCGUCUGGAUGAAUCUGUCUGGAGGCCCUACUGACUGGCAGACGUCUCGAAUCCCAUGAUGCAGGAAGGGUGGAAAAGUGAAGAGAAUGAUGAACAAAAUCCUGAACACUGAAAAAAAAAUGAAACCAAAAAAAAAAGAGAUACAUGAUGCAUGUUUGUCUUUUAUUUCCAUGGCACUCGCUUCUUAAGACUUUCCGCAUUUGACGCUGACGAAAGGUCCACGUAUUUUAUAAACUGCGUGAAUUUUUGCACUGUGCUAAGAUAUGUACCCUUUAAGCCUAUAAAAAGCCAUAAAUGAGCUGAGAGAAGCCAUACAGUUAACAGCAGGCGGUGGACGGACUCUUCAGACUGAGUCAGCCCUCAUGAGGGUGGAGGAGAACAACCAGACUGAAUGUUUGCCCCAUGAGUGACUCAAACAUCCCUCCAAGGCUUGGCUGAACUGCUGUCGCAAUCAGUCUUUCUAAGCUUCCAUUUGGAAUAAUGCACAAACAUAUGAGGUCAAAUAUAUCUUGAAAAAAAAACAAAACUAAAAAAAACCCCGGUUGCAUCUUCAAAUGCGCAACUGGUCCUAAUUUAUUAUCCAAAUGGACACCUCGGCCUUGGUGAUGCUCUACGCGGGUUGGCUUCAGCAUAAUGGACGUCCUCUGCUGUGACUCUAGUGAAUCAAGUUGGAGCAAGAUGGUGGACAAUAUUUGGAGAAAUGUACAGAGGAGAGUUUGUUCUGAUUAAGUCGUUGCAGGAAUAACCCCAUGACUCUUUGCCUAUUAUUCAGGCAUUUUUUUCCAUGAAAGAAAAAAGUCUGGCGUUUUGAAACUGGAUGACACAAUUUACUUUUUUGAUAUUUAUUUGAGCCAAAUUCCGAGGAAAUGUGUGCGUAUAACCCCACAACCUUAAAGCAUUUCUAUCCGUCGUUCCUCUGUAUACUUUUUUAACAGUAUAUGCAUAUGUUUUUGUUUUUAAAUAUACAUCUGGAAUUCGUGUAAUAUAUUGCAACUAAAUUAUGAGAGAGAAAAAAAACCGCAGCUUUAAUUUUAUUAUUUUGUCUUCCGAUGUAGCUUUGAUGCACUAAGAAUCUUUAUUCUUUAUGAACCACGCCCGACAGACUUUGUUAGUGAGAUGGAUAGCCAAAGCUUUUUCUCGUUUAAAUUGCGCAAAUUUGUCUUUCCUGCGCUUAAUAAGCAAUUUGCUUAAUUUUUUGCACUAUCCAAUUAGAAUUCCCUUCCCCUCACCGCACCUCCCGCAUCGUAUUCACAGACAUCUACAAACCUGUUUGUUGUGUUCAUUGUCAUGUAGAUAUUUGCCGAAUGCACACAUGCACAGCUCCUAAUGUACCAUCCAUGUACAUACCGAUAUCACAGAUGUGUGUGAGUGUGUUCACACUUCCCCUGUCAUGACCCUUUUAUCCUUCAGUCGCUGAAGGAGGAAGAAGAGAGAAGGUAUGGCUGCUGGGGGGCGAGGGGUUCACAGUGGUGUCUGCUUACCAACACCAUAGGCAAUUACGCCAAAGAAGAAAGCUGUUAACUGGUCACAGGCCCUUUGUUCUGGAUAAUCUGUCAAAACCUCGAAGCCCUUGUGGCCCUCGGUGUUGCUUUUGGACGAAUUUACAGAUCACCGGAGCCAGGGGAUUCUUGACUCUGGCACCAAUUCAUACGCCCACACAGGAUCAUGUUCUUUGUAUCAGGGUACCUAGCUAAGAGAAGCUCUUCCAUAGCAUACGUCAUGACCAAAAAAACGGAAAGCAUUUGCUCCAAUCUAUGCACUCAUCAAAAAUGUGUCAAUUCCUCGACCAUCCAUCCAAUUUGUAGAGCGCUCAUCCUCAGGGUCGCAGAUGAGGUGAAGACUAUCCCAUCUGGAUUGGUUGCCUUAUUGUGUCUCAUUCCUCCCUCCUUGCGCUUCAAACAGCACCGUCCCCACUCCCCCUUUUCAAUGUGGUUGAAUACUUUUUAUUAUCGCAAAAACAAUCAUGCAUCUAGAGAAACCAAAGAUGCUUUUACACGUGUAAAAAUAUGUGGUAAAGGUUCUGUCAUUGUUCAUGCAAAACUAGGAAGCAAAUUGUACAAGUGAAUUGUAUUUUAAUGUAUAUCGGAUUCACCGAUUCCGACUUGUUUGUUUCGUUUCCAAUAGAAUUCCAAUUCUCUUUCAAUGUACCAAAAAAAAAACCUUAACUUCCUUUCUUCCUUUUUAUGCUCAAAGCAUGUACAUCUGAUGUUAAUUUAAAGAAUCCCUCUAUGUAUUAAUAUCAUUCAUGUUUCUAUAUGAGUGCUUGUAAAGUUUGCAGAUAAUGUAGUUUUUAAUAAUUGUAAUUAAAACAAAUGUGUUACAGUUUCA